GCCUGACUCGGAUGGUGCUCCAGUUUCCUGAUUAUCUGUGAAUGUUAAAAAGGAUGCUGAAUCUGCACAGGUUAUAUAUAAAUGGACUAAAAUAAAGAUUACUACUAGCUAUACCAGUUCCUUGUCUUGAAAGACCUUGUUAGUGAAAAUGGGUCUGUUUUAUUAUUGCAAGCGGGUCUCCUUCUGGGAACCAGUCUGUGUUUGUUUUCGUUUUGUUUUUUGGGUUAACCUUCUAAAAAAACCCAAAAUUGCAGGACACAGAGACAAUUCACUUUUUUCCUUAUUUUGCAGGGUCAUUUUUAAUCUUAAAAGGUAACUUUUUUACAUAAGGCGGCACAGUGAUAGCUUAAUGAAUGCUGCGUGCAUCUGUGUGGGAAACCAGGAAUGGCUUAAGUCCCUUAUUCCUCCAGCAGUCUCAGGGCAUUGCAGAGCACUCACAUCCUCUUAGGUAGAAGUUGUAAUGUGCUUCUUCCUUUUGCAUCCCUGAGAGCUAGUUGUCCAACUGUAUUGUUGUUUUGGUGGAGAUUGCUCUCCCAGCCUCAGGGUACAUGCUGCAGUGAUGGCUUCAGGGGAGCAUGCAAGCCUUAGGGUGAUACUGCCAUCAUCAUACAGGGUCUAAUAAUCAGUUUGCUGCCUCGUAAAUAGACAGCUGCCUUGACUCAAACUCUUCUUGGUGUCGAUAGGGACAAGAGAAAUGCAGCAUCACUUUCCUAACGGCUCUACAAAUAUCACUGUGGGUAAAGGGAGAGUGGACAAAAAAAAUUGUCAAGUUCCUGACCUGACAUACUGUGGCACCAUAUCAUAUUUUGUCUGUAAGGCAGCAUUGCUUCAUAUGUCUGAAGUGACACAGUAUAACCAACUGAUAGAACCCAAUGGGAUAGUAGCAAAUAUUAUUAAAUAGAAACUUACGCAAGUGUUUUCCCAAAAGGAAUCUUCAGAUCUGUAAUUAAAGAAAACUCGGAGCCCAAAUCGCUAGAGACUUGCACUUGAUACAAUUCUAGUAUGUUAGCCACAGCCAAAUUUGGCCCUGUGUGUUUCUUGUUUUGCCUUGCACAAACUGAUCAGCCCAGUGUCUAGAUAAUUACAAAGCUCAAGGUUAUUAUAAAUAUUCCUCAAAUCUCUAAUUGCGCCUAAUGCUUCUAUAGUGGAGAGCAGAACUCUGCUUUUAAAAAAAUAACAUCAGUAAGCAGAUCUCAAAUAUCGUGACUAGUUUACAAGACUGGUUUAAUUGUAGCUGAUUCUGUUUAAUUGCUAGUGAAGGGGUGUGUGUGAGAGAGAGAGAGAGAGAGAGAGAGAGAGAGAGCUGUUUAAUGUAAGAAUCCAAGUUACUGGAUGUGUAGAAGUAAUGGAGGAAAGAAGUGCAUAUCGGUACAGCACUACAUAUUAAUGCAUAAGAUUUUUGUCAGCCACAUAAUCAAUCAAUCUGUAGGCAUGUUUACAAAAAAGUCCAUGGUAAUAGACAGCAGUUAUUUAAUGUAGAUGAGAAGAUUAAACAUGUAAUUACCAAAACAGCUACAUUAAAUCUACUCUUUACAAAAAUAAAGCAUUGCCCCAAAAUAGACGCUGUGGGAUAGAAAAAAAAGAUUACCAAAAGUAAGGUGCUGUGAUCCAAAAAAUGUUGGAAUAUGAUUUCUAAUAAAGGUUAGCAAUGCAUUAGAGGAAUGCUAAAAUAUUUAUCUGUGGUAGGUUAGAAAUUCCUACUUUUCUCUUAGUGUUUGUUAAAAAAUGUUUAACUAGUAGGUAUUAGUUCCCACAUCUUUGGCCUGCAGUUCCCCUUUUUUUAAACCUACAGUAGCUAAAAUAAAUGAUCACUUAGCUGUUGCACUCUUACCCUAAAGUACAAUUUCAAUCCUUGCAAGCUAUAUUAGAAGGAGAAUAGAAGUUUUAAGUACUGGAAGAAAAUGAUUCUAUGCAAAAUGAUAUAUUUAACAUCAAAUAUGUUCAAGGACUGUUAGGAUUAAGUAUUCAAAAUGAAGGGGGAAGGAAAAGUUAUUUGAGCUGAGGAUAAGGAAUCUAAUUAAAAAUAGGUAUUAAGGAUAUAUAACUUGAGCCUGCUAUCAUGUUUUAAAAGAGUACUGUUGUAUCAGUUGUAAAGGGGAGGGAGAAAAUAUCAUUAAAAUGAGAAUAAAAUGUUUUCUUGGAUUUAAAAAAGAAAACAACUCCGGAAAUUGCAGAUUGUACUUCUCAUUGAAGGACCUCAUCCUGUAAUCUUGAUUGACAUGAUUGAAGACAAUGGGCUACUUUGUGAAAGUAAGGGCUACUCGUGUGAUAAAAGAUGGAAGAUUUCCCCCCUCCCUCCGCCCCAAAUGUGUCGCUUUAUAUUCCAGUAUUAGUGGAACUAACUGCAAGCACAAUGUGUCUGAGCAAGUUGAGCAAAUGGACUAGGAUUACUAUUGCAUUCAAUCUGUAGAAAUUGUUGUUCAAAAUGAAAUGCUGCAUGAAGUACUGAGUUUCACAAAGUGUACAGUAUUUUGGUAAUUUUUGGUGUGCAUAGAAAUGCCAGGUCAAAAUGAGUGUUGAGGAAGUGUUACUUCUAAACCAUGACACAACUGUGAAAUAGACUUAAUAAUGGAAGAAGGCAGCAUAACAGAGUUAUGGUCUUACAAUCUAUCUAUACAGAGAAUCUUAAAUUGUUUAAUGGGGAAACGGAGAGUCUACCCCUAGAAGCCAUGCUACAGUUUCAAAUGGCACUUCAAGCUUUAAAUGAGAAAGUCAGGGGGAAUGCUUUGGAGACAGAGAGACGUGAAAGCAAAUCACAGUUGUGCAAGAUGCUGUCCAUAAAGAUGAAUAUUGAGAGACUCAAUUUGUGUGAAAAUUGAUUGGUGAUAAUGAACAGCAAUAAAGAGGCAAAGUUAGUAAUGUUAGAAACUCAGUUGCUAUUAAAACUAAAUGUGCAGCGACAGUACUGCAGAUGGUGCUGCUGAGCUAAAAAGCUUACAUUCACCAUUAAAUCCUGACAGAAGAAUAGGAGUGGGUCCCUGGGAAAUGUGUGCAUUUAUUCAGGAGCAAGUGUGCAAAGCGCACCAAUUGAGAGACAGAGGCAGCAGUAGCCAGGCUUAGACAUACUCCCCUUUCUCUGAAUAUAAUUUGAGAUUUAGAGUCAUCUUAAAUCCAGGGGAAAACACUUUGUAAAGGGUUGAAAGCUGUGUAGUUGCAACAGCCAGGGUUAUGAGCUAUCAAAUGCAAUUACAUUAAAACAGAUUAUACUGUGCAAAUUGAGCCAUUUAGAAGGUGAGAACCAAAGAAACAGCUCUGAUUCUCCCCCCCCCCUUUUUUUUCUAAAUUGCAGUUUGAGUUCCUUGCAAUUCUGAGGUACAAAAGUAGGUGCGACUGCUUUUGUAUCUGCAAAGUGCUUCGUUCCUGAAUGUCAUUCUAACUGAGUGCAAUCUAGGUUAAAGGCUGGACAACUGGGUAAUUAGAGCUCACUGGCUCAAAGGACGAUCAGCUGUGCUGUGGCUCAUCUGUGCUCCCAGAGACUAGUUCUCUUCUUCCCAGAGUGAAAGCUGCUGGAGACAGAACAUCUGCAUCCGGACUCCUCUUGAUCCUUGAGAUGAUGGUGCUGGACAAGGAGGACGGUGUGCCGAUGUUAUCUGUACAACCAAAAGGGAAACAGAAAGGCUGUGCUGGCUGCAACCGAAAGAUCAAGGACCGCUACCUUCUGAAGGCCUUGGAUAAAUAUUGGCAUGAAGACUGUCUAAAAUGUGCCUGCUGUGACUGCCGCCUUGGAGAGGUUGGAUCAACUCUUUACACAAAAGCAAAUCUCAUUCUCUGCCGCAGAGAUUACCUGAGGCUCUUUGGUACCACGGGGAAUUGCGCUGCCUGCAGUAAACUGAUCCCUGCCUUUGAGAUGGUGAUGAGAGCCAGAGAUAAUGUUUACCAUUUGGACUGCUUUGCCUGCCAACUGUGCAACCAGAGAUUUUGCGUGGGAGACAAAUUUUUCCUGAAGAACAACAUGAUCUUGUGUCAGAUGGACUAUGAGGAAGGGCAGCUGAAUGGAAGUUUUGAGUCCCAAGUUCAAUAACAAACCCUGCUUUGCUGAAGCACUGUGGGAUGGACGUUCACCCACACAAGCAGUGAGGGGCGUCUGUCAGCUUGCCUGCAAUAUUUUUUUAAUUCUUGGUCCAGAAAGGACUAUAUACAUUGUAGUACUUUUUUCCCGCCCCCAACACAAAGCAGUUACAAUUUUAGAUGUACAGUUGUGCCUGCUUAGCUGAGCACUGCAUUGCCUGUAUGUUUGUGAGUUUUUUGGGGUCGGGGGAGGGCUCUGUACAGUCUGUUUUCUGUAUAUAAACUGGAACAUUUAUUUUAUGAAAAAUGUAAUGCAAUUUUAUUACUGGUGUGAAUUAAAAAUU